AUGCCAGCCGACACUACGCCGCCGGCGAUCAUCCGUCCCAUCCCCCGACGCCCUUUCAACCUCAGCCUGACGAGUGCUACUCCGUCAAGCGAUGAGUCGCCCUCGGACUCUCAACAUGCCCGCAAUGGAGACUCUACAUCUAGCUUGAGAGCAAGUCUACUCAACGCCAAGCGCCGCUCAUCUUCACAGUUGUCGACCGAGACCCCCGAAGAGACCGACUCGGCAUCCAUUUCCCGCACCCAAUCGAUCCUGAACCUUACCCAGUCUGCCUUGUUUGGAAUAUACAGCCCGACCAUGACAGGAAACAGCCGAUCUCGAAGCAAUCCUUAUUCUGACCGAACGGAGCCAGGAACACCUUGGGGGACCGGCGCCCAGACCCCCGGGCGUCCGGGCCUCUACCGUCCGACCGUUGAGGAGGAGGACGACCCCGAGCGUGCUGAAGCCCUACUGCAACUACGGGAGCGCCUCGGGGCUGCUUCAAAGUCACAAAACGGCGGCAUGUUCACCGGUCCCAUGUCGCCAACCGGGACAAACUUUGAGACGGCAACAGCGAUGUCAGCUCCGCAGCCCAUGGGAUCAGUAGACCUGCUGACGCUCACAGCCAAGGCGGUGCUACUCUUUGUGCUGGGAGCUUGCUACGGAAUGGUCGUGUAUAGGCUACGGGAUGAGCACAUGUCCACCUCGCUGCAGCAACAUCAGCAACGGCAUGCUACCAGCUUUUUCCCCGCCAAGGGCUCCUAUGAUAAGCUGUACAUCGCGUUCUGGGGCGCCUCGGGCGUGCUGCUUGGUUCCCUCCUCCCGUGGUUCGAUCAGUUCUGUGACCGGACCCUCGGGCCCAAGACUAAUGCCGGCUGUUCGACGUCUGCCGAGGAAGUGAAGGACGGCUACACACCUGAUACUGACUGGGCGCUGGUUAUUCGUGGCGUAGGUUGUUUCGCGGGCAUUGUUUUUGCUAUUCGCAAGUUGCCCUGGGAUUCGACCAUGCAGGUGUCAUUGACGCUGGCCCUGGUCAACCCUUUUCUAUGGUAUCUUAUUGACCGAUCCAAGUCUGGGUUCAUGUUGGCGAGCGCCGUCGGGGUCAUCGGGGCUACUAUCAUUGCGGGACUUGACCCGGACAUGAUGCCGACUCCCAUGCUGUACGACACGGCCGGCACGCCCCUGCCAAGGGGCUCCGACCAAGGCCGCACAGCGCAGUUGGCUCUUGGUGGUCUUGCGCGCCGGGCGACCCUGGAAGCGGCCAUUUGGAUGCUCAGCGUGCUGUUUUGCAGUUGCGUAUGCUUUGGUAACAUAGGAAGGCGGCUUGCCCUCAACACGGGGACUCCGGAAAGGGGUCGUUGGGCUGGAGUAAGAUGA